AUUGUUUACACGUCAUGGAUCUUAAUCUGGGUUCACUCUUAUCGAAGAGCAGAGAAAAAACAUUACAGAAUACCGUAAUAAAAAAACGUUGAUGAUACACAGUAAACAGGGGGGAGGGUGCGGCACCUCUACUCAUUUGGUGGGUAACUCUUCAUGUUGAUUAUGUCAACAGGAAGUACUCAUAUGUACAAAAUUAAGUAUUGGAUAUUAUUGGCUGACAUUCAGAUUAAUUUGUGAGUAUUGUUGUCUGACAAUUGACAUUUUGUAGUAAACGUGACCAGAGCAGUAGCAGUAAUAUCAUUGUAGAUAGAUAGAUAGAUAUACGUAUAUUCCGUUAAAGUCGUCAUGCGUAAGUAGCUCUCCCAGGCAACAAACCCGAGUUCAGCUGACAAAGAGAGGCAGUAGAUAUGUCACAAAAGAUUCCGGUACUUAUGUUUAGUUCGGUACAGGUAAGAUCCAGUACUCAGGGCGGGGGGGUAUAAGAGUAGGAAGAUAUGAAUCACUUUUAACGGAGUUGUGGGCUACUGCAAGGCUAUGAAGUUCACCUGCGAGUUAUUAUUUGUUUCCUUGCUGUUAUACGCCGAUAUUUCAGUAUUGUACGAGACAGGAAUUCACUUAAUGGUUGCAAAAUUAUGUCCGCAAAUUGUAGCUAUAAAUUGUGUUGUGAAAUGAGGAACACUAUUCAUCUAGUGGUGGAUUUGUUUUGUCUUUGCCUUGAAGAGAACUACUGUACGUUGUGAAUUACUGGAACAGUCAUGGCCGCCUGAUCGCAAGUAACAUCAAACAAAAGAAAAUGUUUACAAAAUUAUGCAAUCCCUGAUCAAGGUUGCCUCGAUAAGCACAGCUGGUCACUUCACCUUGAUAACCACUGGAAAGUAGUCAUGUUAUUGAAGGGAAGUUGAACUUAAUGUUACAAGACGAAAUACAGGUGGAAUUACACAAGCAGUGUGAGGGUGGUAGACUGCCAGUACAAGUGACCAGUCACAACAAGGCAGCAACAACACGCACACAUACAUCGUUAUUAUGAGAACAAGUGGUGGCUCAGUCAGGUUAUUAUCAUGUGUGUAACAUUAAAGACGUUCAGUAAUAUAUUGAACGUGUUUUCUCCAAUAGAUUGAAUGAGCGAGUCAAGUUCACCAUGCCAUUUUGUGGCAUAGUAAUUAGUGAUGUAGCAAAUUAAAACUGCUUCGAAACUUAACUCCUACCGUGCAGUAAAUAAUCGCCCAGUAGGGAGAUUAACGCGCCACACCAACUCGAUACAGUACAGUUUAUUUUGGUGAAACCUGUCAAAUACAAAUAAUUAAUCAAUUUUAUAAGAGGAACUGAAUGUUCAAUGACAUAGAUGUGAAUACAUUUACCUAACACUGGCACACAAAUGAUUACAUUAUCUUAAUAGUAACACAAUGUAAGCUGAAUAUCAAUGGUCAGGGGUUGCUCAAUUAAUAUUUUUCACGUCAACAGUGAAACACAGAAUAGUUUUACACUUACGUGUUGCAGGUCUGGCUCAGAACAGGAAGCCAAGGGUGUGUUUAUUGCGACCAAGUGAGAGGUACUGGUUAUCUAUUAUAUUAGUAUCUGCAGGCCCGGGUGGAUUCAUCAAGCCAAUUUGCAGUCUAUGCCUUAGCUGACUUGGUACACAACAACACGUGAUUCACAUUACAAUACUGUAUAUACUGUACAUAACCACUAGGAAAUAAAAACAUGAGAAUUUUUUUCGUGUUGCUAUUUCCUAGUGGUUAACCUGUAGUGUGUGUGUGUGUAUGCAUAAAAUAGUCCACCGUUCAGUCAACUUAGAAUAUAAAUACAUGAAAAGGAACAUUUUAUCUGACAGUGGUGACUGAAUUUAUUUUUAGAGUAAUUUGUUUUUGGGUUUGUGUCAGAAUAACCUGACUAUAGUUAGAAAUACUAAUACCUGUAUUGUAAUAGAUUAAGGUUACAGGUAUACAUAAUUCUCUACUUACAGUGUUGAGUUAUAGGACUGCACUGACUGAAUUACUGUAGUUUUAGUGUCGUAUUCAUCGUAGAUUAUUUAGCAUUGGAAUUCAAUAGAAAGGUGAGAUAGUUUCCUCGUAAAUUUACAAGGUAUAUUAUCUAACAAGUACUAUAAUUUUUUUUUUCACGAGGCUAAGGAGCAGUGCGUUAUCGGCCAAUAACUGAAGAGGUAUGACACAAAAUUAGUUGAUAACGUUGAGGUGUGAGCGUUGCCACAUACGGAGGGAGGAGUGAGGUUGGCUUCCCGAUGAUAGUUUGUAGACUUCAGCAAGGACGUGGAGAUCUUAUAACACCCUGGUACCCGCUCCCUACCCUCCACCAUGUUCACCACCCACCAACCUGACCUGAGCGAGUGCCAGCUGUGCCAGUUGCCGGACGCCGUCUUCCACCUCAUGAGAAACACCCCCCUCACUACCUGCAACCUCUCUGGUAACCUCCUCUCCAAGAUCCCUCCCAAGUUCGCACUCAAGUUUUGUCUCAUAACAGAACUGAACUUGUCCCACAAUAAGAUGUCUAAGUUGCCCGAGGAACUGGCAGACUGUGUUGAGCUGCAGCGUCUUGACCUUAGCCAUAACUCCUAUGUCAACCUUCCCAGUGUUAUCUUCCGACUGCCAAAGAUCAAGACCAUUCUUGCCAACAACAAUUAUAUUAUGGACAUUGAAGUGGAGGAAGUGCAGCGAGCCAAAACUUUGGAAGACUUUGAUAUUUGUGAAAACCCCCUCACAGCAAAGAGUCAUGAUGGCUUGAGAGCAGUGACCAACCUGAGGGUUACACUUACACCAAGGGAGAUGGAGGACUGGGAAGAUCUUACUAUCUGAAUCAACUGUACAACAAUGAUAUCCUUACAAUAACCUCAGCUCUUUUUAACCUGAGACCAUCAUCUCUGUUGAUUCUUAGAUUUCAUUGCUUUGGAUUUGAGAAUGUUGCCUGUGAAGUGUUAAACAUUUUGUAAUGAUGAAUAUUACAAGCUGUUGUAUCACCAUAAAAGGGGCUCACAACUUUGUCAUUGUGAUCAAAGACUUGUGUCAAAGGAUCAUAGUUCUGUUACUAGUGAUUAUUAAUUUGUCUUAGAUUCCAUGUCUAUAGACAGAUUAUAAAGUGAAGGAGAUGUACUUACAACCAAAUAGUGAAGAUGAUAAUAUGUAUAGGCAUAACAGAUUGGAAAAACAAUAAUUUUUUUUUAAGUACAGUACAGUACAGUAGUAAUACAGUACGUAUACUUA